AUGGGUAACAGUGCAUGUCCAUCAAAGGAGAAGGCUAAGCAGCAGCUGCAUUUUGUGCUAGUCCACGGCGCCGGCCAUGGAGGUUGGUGCUGGUACAAGAUUCGGACUCUUCUAGAAGCUUCGGGCCACAAGGUCACGUGCCUCGACCUCAAGUGCUCUGGCAUCGACCCAACUGAUUUCAAUUCUGUAUUCACUUUCGCCCAGUACAAUGAGCCUCUCACCAAUUUCAUGUCCUCUAUACCGCCAGGUCAAAAGGUGAUACUGGUGGGACACAGUGCAGGGGGUCUGACCAUUACGGAUGUGGUACACAAGUUUGCUGAGAAAAUUCAUCUGGCUGUCUAUGUUGCAGCCGUCAUGUUGAAGCAUGGCUAUAGCAUCUCUAAGGAUGAAGAUGCCAAGGACACGUGCUUAAAUAUAGCCCAUGAUGUGCUGCGUGCCCUGGCGGUCAUGCUUGUCCUUGAUGUCAUGCCGAUGCCCCUGGACCAAAAGAAUAAGGCCGAGCAUGAUCAACAAAUACAUGGACUACGUAUUGGCUUCGAUGCUGCUGAGGCCAGCACCGGCGAGGGCCCUUCGGGAUGUCUGGUUCGAUGGUGGCGCGGCCGUGGAGACCGUGCCGCGAGUCUUUGUGAGGACAUUGCACGACCAACUGAUGGCGCAAGAGGAACAAGAUUACAUGAUAGAGAAAUGGCCACCCUCCCAAGUCUUUGCUACAAAGAGUGAUCACUCGCCUUUUCU